UUCCUGAAAACGCCCCGUUCAAGAAAAAGAAGGAAAACUCGAGUGCUUCUGAAUAAUAAUAAUAAUAAGCCUGGGUUGUUUAUCCAAAGACUCGGGGGUUGGACAUAGGCAGAUUCUGCUCCAGAGUUGUUGUUUUUUUAACUUCUCUUACUUCCCACUCCGAGAAUUUACUAGCAGCAUGAACUUACUCUAGUGCGUCAACCUCACCCGCAACGCACCGCCAACCAAGGUCAGCGACAGCGACCGCCCACGGGAUUUGUCAACGCGGCACCAAACCUGCGCGGGCCCCGGCAGCUUUUUAACUUUGCAGUUUGGACUCAAAACCGACUGUCGCCGGAUGGAUAGAGCGAGCCUCGGAACCGAAGGAUUGAAAGAGCCAAACAAACGUUAGCCCAACCUCAAGUUUGUGAGCAUUAAACGAAGCACCAUGUUGGGAAACCCAGGGUCUUACGCCAACAAGAAGAGGAAGAAGCCUGUUCUCAAACAAAAGAAGAUCUCUGAAGGUAAUGGAGUUGUUAAAUCAAACCCUUCGAAGCGCCACCGGGAUCGGCUAAAUGGGGAGCUGGAACGCCUGACGGACCUCCUGCCCUUUCAUGAUGAGGUUCGCUCUCGUCUGGACAAACUGUCGGUCCUUCGCCUCAGCGUUGGAUACCUGAGGGUCAAGAGCUACUUUAAAGCGACCAUGAAGAACAGUAACAGCAGUCUGAUGUUUCCUGUAGUGAACGGGCAAAAUGGGAACAGCGUGGACAGCACGGGCUUCUCUGAGGGGGACCUACUGCUCCAGGCGUUGAACGGGUUUGUGAUGGUGAUCACGUCCGAGGGAUCUGUGUUUUAUGCCUCUGCCACAAUCAAGGACUACUUGGGCUUUCAUCAGUCCGAUGUGGUUCAUCAGAGUGUGUUUGAGCUCAUCCAUACUGAUGACCGGGCUUCGUUCAGGGAGCAGCUUCACUUUGCUCUAAAUCCCCCAACUGUUGACACGGAUGGAGAUGUCUUGCAGAGUUUUGGUAAUACAGUGAUGUACAGUCCUGAGCAGCUUCCCCCCGAGAACUCUUCCUUCCUGGAGAGGAGCUUUGUGUGUCGCUUCCGCUGCCUCCUGGACAAUUCCUCUGGCUUUCUGGCUCUGAAGUUCCAGGGGCGACUGAAGUACCUCCAUGGCCAGAGGGAAAACGGCACCUGUAACAAACCUCAGCUGGCGCUGUUCACCAUUGCUAUGCCCGUCCAGCCUCCAUCCAUUGUGGAGAUCAGAGCGAAAAUGCUCCUCUUUCAAACCAAGCACAAGCUGGAUUUCACACCCAUGGGCAUCGAUAGCAGGGGGAAGAUUGUUCUGGGCUAUUCAGAGACUGAGCUGUGUAUGAAAGGCUCCGGCUACCAAUUCAUCCACGCAGCUGAUAUGAUGCACUGUGCUGACAAUCACAUCCGCAUGAUAAAAACAGGGGAAAGCGGUCUGACUGUUUUCAGGCUCCUGAGUAAGUCCGCUGGCUGGGUGUGGGUGAAGGCCAACGCCAAGCUGAUCUACAAAGAUGGAAGACCUGAAUUCAUCAUUGCUUUUCAGAGAGCUUUAGUCAACGCUGAGGGUGAGGAGUAUCUGCGUCAAAGGAGGCUGCAGCUUCCCUUCAGCUUAACCACAGGAGAGGCCGUCCUCUACAACACCAGCCCCACAGUGGACAUCACACAGUUUCAGUUCAAUAAAAUGUUUAGUAACAAUGACACAAACACGGAUGUGGCCCCCAGCUCUUUGCUGGACUGUUUCCUGAGACAGGAUAAAAAGGCCUACAUGCAGACAGUGGACCCCCCUUUACCUGUGGAUCAGGUGUUCAUGGACAGCCGGGCCCUGGUCAGCCUUGCCAGUAACACGUGGCAGGAAAGUGGGACUGUACCCACAACAGGUGUCGUGAAAGAGGAGGCCACACAGUCAGUGAUGGCUGUGAUUGAAAACCUUGAAGGAAUUGCUCAAAAUGGUGAUUUUUGUACAGCGUUGCAGAAUCUGGACGUCGGUGAUACAGAGCUGGUGGAGUGGGAAAAUGCCCUCAAGAGAUUAGGUCAGGGUGAGAAUCCGGAGAACAAUGUCAGGUCUGAGCUAGACAGCAUCCUCACUAAUGAGAUAUUUGACUACAUUGAAAAUGUUUUGUUUAAAGAAAAGGAAGAAGAAUGUCUAAACGCCAGCCCUCCCAGCUGCCUCACAGCAGUCAACAGUAAUCAGCAGGACCCCUUCACUCAGGCUGCUCAGCUCCCAACCAGUGGACUCUGUGAGCCACAGUUGUUUCAGACACCAAGUCCUGAUUGCACACACUCUCCAAUGAAUGGUCUCUACGCUCACCAGCAGGAUACAGGGAAUGGACCAGUGAUUACAGGGCAAAGCUUUGCAGAGUCUGCUCAGAUAUUCAGCAGCACCCAGACACUCCACCAUGGUUCCCUGAUUACUCAGGCUGACACCAACAUGCCCCCACUUCAACAGCUGCAGCUCCAGGACAUUUUCAGCCUGUCUAUAGACCUCCCAGAGCUCACUGCCUCAGCUGAUAAUGCCUCAGCCUCUUUUCAAUCCUGUGGACAGGCAUCUAUCAGCCACACGGGCUGCCCUCAGGGGAUUUCUGGACAGAUUCUGUCCAGCCAACGUUUGCUGUAUCCUCAAAAUAAUUUUCAAGCUCCUACAAAGGCAGCAAAUGGACAGAUGCUGCAGAGCUCUUUUCAACAACCAAACAAUGUAGCAGACGGUGUAAUGGACAUUUUGCCACCCCUGAUUCCUUGCAAUGGCUUUAAUUCUCCAAGCACACCUAAUAUUCCCAUUCCCUUUGCCACAGCUUCUCUGCAAGGAAGCCCCCCUUUGAAAACGCACAACCACCAGGUUCAGCAGAACCAGCAGCAGAAGCUGCCUAAUACUGGCAUCAUGCAGAAUGGACAUGAGGUGAUGCCAGUAUGCCACAGCCAAACUUCAGAAAGCCAAACAUUGCCACUUGCUGGCCUUUGGCCAAGUAGUGUCACUGGACUGAACCACACUCAGCAGGGAGAGUUGGCAUGUGGCCAGGCAGCUACCCACAGCAGCUGCAUGUUCAACCAGCACUUUUCUUCCAGUCCAGCAGGCGGCGACAUCCUGGCUCUCUCUGGGUCUUCAGGCCUGAGGUCUGACACGUCUCUGGAUCAGGGUUCCUGCUACUUCCAGACAUGCACAUCAGCUGUCACCCAGCAGAGCAACAAUAUCGGCCCUCUGACUGCUCCGUCCAACGUGUCGUCUUCACAGCACGCAGUCAUGCAGCACUACCUGGAACGCCACAGACAGAAACAGGAGGAAAGAGUCUGCACAGCACGUAAUGGAUUUUUUGCCACUCCUGCUCAAGAUGUAGCCAUAUAUCUGUCUGAGUAGAGCCAAGCCAUGUUUUUAUUUCUGUUGCAACAAGUCCAAGAGAAGGACAAAGUCAGUAUAGUCUGCCUGUAUCAGUGCUUAUCCACAGCCUCUAAUGCUUACCUUUUAUUGUCAUUUGUUUUAUAUCACUCACUGUAUCAUAUACUGCUGCUAGAAAGUUGGUGAACUCUUUAAAGUUUUCUGUGUUUCUGCAUAAAUGUGAUCUAAAAUGUUAAGUCCUAAAACUAAAUAAAGAGGACCCCAUUAAAAAGUAAUACAAACGGAUUAUACUUUUUAAUUUCUUUCUUUAUUUAGCAAAAUGACCCAACAUUAAGUGUAUUGGAAAAAGUAUGUGAACCUCCAGGAUUUGGUUUGGCUUAAGUUACUGCUGCUCAAGGGGCAUCACUAAAAGGACUGAAAAUAAAGGUUCAGAUAUUUUUUCCAACAAAGAUAAUUAAUGUUAGAUAAUUGCUUAAUAAAAAAAGUGGAUCUUUUUGUGUUAUUUGUUUGACUGGGCUCUCUUUGUGUGUUUUCAGCGCUUAAAUGAAGAUCUGAUAACAUUUGCGAUCACAUUUAUGCAGAAAUACAGAUUCUAGAAUUUUAAUGGGUUCACAAACUUUCCAGCAGCACUGGCUACUUUGUCAAUUCUGUAAUGUUUAAUAGCUGUUUCUUGUCCAUUUUGUAGUGAAGAUACACUAUAAUAAUAAUGAAGUAUAAAGCCGCAAGUGCGUUUACCAGGAUGGACCUUGAGCCAGCUAGGAGGAUUGGUCAAGUAAAUGAUUAGCCAAAGAAAUAUGUUUUUAUAAGGGAAUCCUAAAAGUACUUCAAAAACACAGAAUGUUUUUUAAUAUAAUCAGUCUAAACCUUGAUGCUGACAAAGUGGAGACUUUUUUAAAAGAAGUCCUCAUUUAUGUAUAUAGCAUUGUAAAUAAUCACUGAAAGUGAUCAAUACCUGAAAAGCUGUGCCUUCAAAUUAAUAUUAUUACAGAUGAAAUAAUCUGUAUAUUUUAAAUGAAACUCAUAAGUGGUUGACAUAAAUGUUUAAAUGCAAUCUUAAAUUCACUGUACUAGUAGUAUUUUUUUCACCAUAAGAUCAUAAAAAUCUCAUAUGUACAGAAUGCGUCAAAGGUUAUACACCUGUUUAUCUGUGUGCAAUAUAAAUGUGCCUUUGUAGAGAAUACUUUCCAGUAAGAGAAUACAGCAAUAUCUUACUUAGACCAACACUUAACAUGUCAGAAAUAAGGAGACAUGGUUUGGUUGUCACCAAACUACCUAUAUGAGAGUCAGAUUUACCUCACUUAGUGAUGCAAACAUUUGGAUUUGUUGCAUUAUUUCCAUUUCAGUGAAGUAUUUACUAAAACUGAAAAUAACCCUAUUUGAGUUGAAUGCACAGCUGCUAAUUAAGUGGGAUAUUUUGAGGUGCAUCUUUCUCAUAAAGCAAUGGGACUACAAUUAAAAUGCCUUCUGCCACUGAGCUUUAAGAAAUUAGCCCAUCAAAAACCAGACAACUCUUCUCCAAAAUCUUCUUCAGGGCCACACCAGCGAGAGUUGGGACUAUAACCAGAAUGCACGCAAACCCAUGGGGACUUGUGUCAGAGACUGCUUUUUGAGGGGUAAGACGUGGUGUUAGGGUUCAGGUUACAGUAAGGUUAGGAUAAGGGUUAAGGUUGGGCAUGUAGUUAUGAUUGUUAAGGUUAUGAUAAGGGCUAGGGGGAUGAAGUCAGUGAUAUGUCCCCACAGGGAUAGUGGAACAAAGAUGUGUGUGUGUGUUCUCAACAACUCAAUUGAAGAAACCAGUUACCAUAUUUUAGAACCGUAUUCAUGCACUCAUCUCGAACAAAAUGCUCAGUGAUUGCAAGAAAGAAAGCCCGAUGAGUGGAGUAUGGCACGAUGAUAGAGUUACAAUAGAAGCCUAAAUCUUCUAGGUCAAACAGAACUCUGACAUAGUUAUAGGGACAAAUUAUUCUUUCUCAGAAGUGCUCUACCAUACAAUUCUAACAGUUACCAAACCCAAUGGUGUGUUCAGGCGCCCCUCAUCAACUUGAAAGUCAGCCAGCAAACUCGCCCUCAAAUGGACAACAAAGUUAUAAAAAACACAGUGGUAAAUUAACCAAGACAACACAUGGAAAACGACAUUUCACAGUGCGAGUAACAAAAAGUGAUAUGUGUGAUUUCUGUUGCAUUCUCACAUAUUUUGUGAUCCUACAUGGGAACACCCUAAAAUAUAUACUGCCUUAACCCAAACUUAAAUUUAUGAUAUACCCACACUGAGUCACAUGACCAUAUAUAUUUUCUUGUGCCUUCCUAAGUGGCUGAAAAGUAUCUCCAUAUAAAGUAUCUGUGCCUUCUCUGUAUAAAGCAUCUUUUAAUAACAUUUUCCUCAGUAGUUCUUGUUUUUUAAGGCAAUCCUUUAGAGCUGUACUAAUUUCUGGGAAGCCAUGUUCAUUGUCCAUUUUCCAUUACAUAAACAUCUUAAACAAUGGAAAUAAGGGAAAACACUUCACUUCAGUCAUGACCUAUGUCUAAAGAGAUGGUAAGGUUUAUAUCAUUGAUGGAGAGAAUAAAAAUGUACCAAGCAGAGUAUUUGGAAUCAAGAAUGUGGAGCUUAUAACUGGUCUCAUGCAUUCAGAUCAUAUUUUCUUUGCUGUGUCGGUUCCCUGUUUGUGCUCUUCAUUCUAUUAAGGCUUCUUUUCUAUCUGAUUUUCACCAGAUGUUUGUAAUAUCCACACUACAUGAACUACAAUAAUGGUUUGGAUUAACAUGAGCAAGAACAGCAUUAAUGGCAGCUUUAAUGUUUUCCUGCUGCAUUGUGGGAAAUCACUCAGUAUUUUACCUUUUCUCAAGAUUCUAUUGUGUAUGUUUUUGGAAAUACCUUUCAGUACAAUAUUCAAAAAAUGACAAAUGGCCAUCUCAAGUGAAAUCUUAAAAGAAAAAAAAACCCUAAGAGUCCUUGGGCAGAUUAAUAUGGCCUCCUUUCCUGUUGUCCCCUGUUGCUCAUUGUUGUUAUAUUAAAAGAACUGUGAUGGAAAUCUCACUGUUCCUCCAGUAGAGGAUCUCAGCAUGAAGCAGACAGGAUGGCCUAUAAAUCUCUUUUGAUAUUGGACUUUGAUACAGACAAGUUAUGACUGUAGCUACAAUGGAAAACUUGGAGCCAAAUGUUUUUUUUCAAAGCGAUGUUAAUGUUUUUAAGGUUAUUUGUAAAAAAAAAUAAAUAAAUAAUGACAAAAAAAUGUAAUCCACUUAUAUUUAGCCAAGUAGUUAUCAUACUUAUAUCGUGAAAUAAAUGUCAAACAAAUAGCCACCCUUUGUCUACUAUUGAAUGCUUUUUUUUCAUGAAUAUGUGCUUAAUGAUGUCAACUGUUUGGCUUAUGGUUUAAUAAAAUCUAUGUUAAAGA